ACCACUCAGGACCGAGCGGGUCGAGAGCGUGGAGGAGCAAUGGCUACUAACAACGGAGCCGUGGAGAACGGGCAGCCAGACAAGAAGCCGCCUGGCCUGCCGUGCCCCAUCAGAAACCUGGAGGUCAAGUUCACUAAGAUAUUCAUCAACAACGAGUGGCAUGAGUCCAAGAGUGGAAAGAAGUUUGCCACAUACAACCCUUCGACUCUAGAGCAAAUAUGCGAAGUGGAGGAAGGCGACAAGCCCGACGUGGACAAGGCCGUGGAGGCCGCACACACCGCCUUCCAGAGGGGCUCACCGUGGCGCCAGCUGGACGCCCUGAGCCGGGGCCGGCUGCUGCACCAGCUGGCCGACCUUGUGGAGAGGGACCGCGUGAUCCUGGCUACCCUGGAGACGAUGGACACAGGGAAGCCGUUCCUUCAUGCCUUUUUCAUCGACCUGGAGGGCUGUAUCAAAACCCUCAGAUACUUCGCAGGGUGGGCAGACAAAGUUCAGGGCAGGACCAUCCCCACAGAUGACAGCGUGGUGUGUUUCACCAGGCACGAGCCGGUUGGUGUGUGUGGGGCCAUCACUCCUUGGAACUUCCCCCUGCUCAUGCUGGUGUGGAAGCUGGCGCCCUCUCUGUGCUGCGGGAACACAAUCGUCAUCAAACCUGCCGAACAGACGCCCCUCACCGCCCUUUAUCUCGGCUCUCUGAUCCAAGAGGUCGGGUUCCCUCCGGGCGUGGUGAACAUCGUACCGGGCUUCGGGCCCACGGUGGGAGCCGCCAUCUCUUCCCACCCGCGGAUCAACAAGAUAGCCUUCACCGGCUCCACGGAGGUUGGAAAGCUGGUCAAAGAAGCCGCAUCUCGGAGCAACCUGAAGAGGGUGACCCUGGAGCUCGGGGGGAAGAACCCCUGCAUUGUGUGUGCCGACGCCGACUUGGACUUGGCAGUGGAGUGCGCCCAUCAGGGAGUGUUCUUCAACCAAGGCCAGUGCUGCACAGCCGCCUCCAGGGUGUUCGUGGAGGAGCAGGUCUACCCGGAGUUCGUCAGGAGGAGCGUGGAGUCCGCCAAGAAACGGUCCGUCGGAGACCCCUUCGACGCCAGGACGGAGCAGGGGCCCCAGAUUGACCAAACCCAGUUCGACAAAAUCCUGGACCUGAUCGAGAGCGGGAAGAAAGAGGGAGCCAAGCUGGAAUGUGGGGGCUCGGCCAUGGAGGACAGGGGGCUCUACAUCAAGCCCACCGUCUUCUCGGAAGUCACGGACACCAUGCGGAUUGCCAGAGAGGAGAUUUUCGGGCCAGUGCAGCCAAUUCUGAAGUUCAAAACUAUUGAAGAAGUGAUCCAGAGAGCAAACAGCCUGGAAUACGGGCUCACGGCAGCUGUGUUCACCAAAAACCUUGACAAAGCCCUGAAGCUGGCCUCCGCCCUGGAGUCCGGCACUGUCUGGAUCAACUGCUACAAUGCCCUCUAUGCACAGGCUCCGUUCGGUGGCUUUAAAAUGUCGGGAAAUGGCCGAGAACUAGGUGAAUACGCGCUGGCCGAAUACACCGAAGUAAAAACCGUCACCAUCAAACUGGACCACAAGAACCCCUGAGGAAGUGGCGGGGUCUUUCCUCCGACAUCUGACAGCUGAAUGUGGCCCAUCACCCUGCCGAAGAAAAAGUGCUAUUUCCGACCUUCCUGGCCCACUUUCUUCCGGAGACCUUUCCAACUGCAUGGGAACGAUGUUUUCCUCUGGCACAUACCUGUUGA